AUGCAGGGGGCCAUUGAUGAAGUGCGGGCAGGCAGGCUCUCUUAUAGGCAGGCAGCUGUCCAUUUUGGGGUCCCCAAGUCCACCCUGCGAGACCGAGUCAGUGGGAAAGUGGCCUCUGACAGCACCUAUGGUCAGAGGCCACUUCUCUCUGAGAAAGAUGAGAAUGCGCUGGUGGAGUACUGCCUGUACUCCGCCAGCUUUGGAUUCCCACUGACAAAGUCACAGGUGGUGACCCACGCUCUGGCAAUUUUCAACCGGCACCACCCACAAACACCAAAGGUGGCGCUGAGCCAGACGUGGUGGGUCAACUUCAGGGAGAGACAAAAACAACGGCUCACCACCAGGACCCCAGAUAUUAUUGACCGUGGGAGAGCUGAAGAGAUCCAGCUGGAAGCCACUUCCGCCAUAGCUGGUGACUCCCAGCCCAGCCGCAUCAGUGCAAACCCCGGGUGCUCAUCUGCCAGUUCCGGACAUUCCACCACCGGCCUCUCAGCCCCUCCAAUCCCCUUUCAAACCUCCCACGGUCUUCAGCUGCCUGACUCUCCUCGAAUACCAACUAGGAGCCUGCCUGCAGCACCGGCCCAACAUAUUCGAGAACCAUCUACAUCAAGAGGCCCCCUAGGUCCCAGAAAACUAAUAACUGCCAUGCACUGUCUCCAGUCGUCCUCUAGCCCUUCCUCCACCAGACCCAUGGCAUCUGUUGCUCCCCCGGCCAAAAGAGCCAAAAAAGGAUGUGGAAUGUGCAGAAAGGUGGAUCCACCCGGCCAAGGAAAGACGGUGCCAUGGGUCCAGUGUGACACCUGCCACAGCUGGUUCCAUUGGGUCUGCGUGUCAUGGGAGGAAGGGCUAGGGGAUUUUAUUUGUUUUUGGUGCCGAGACAUGUAG